UUUGAGUCGCGUUAAAAUGUGUUCCGGUUAGGUGGGGGGCAUUUAGUCAGCAUCUCGAACUCGCACCGCUCGGACCACGGCCGCGCGCAGGUUCGCAAAAAAGGUCGCGCGUGGUUGAAGUGCAGGUUGAUAAUAAGUGACGAUCCGCGCCAGGGUUCCAGGAUCGGAUUGCGCCAUCCGACGGCUCAGUUCCUGCUCAUCCGUCCAUGUUUAUGUGUGUGAGCUUUGUUAGCAUUAAGUCGAAGGAAAGUUACAGCAAACCGUAAGAACGAGAGUGUGUGUGUGUGAGAGAGAGAAAGAUAGCAAACGUGUUUGUGAGGAGAGAGAGAAAAGAUUUUAACAAAGAUGCGAUCUUGCUAGUGUGUGAUCUUAGCGAAGAAGUACGGAUUAUUCUUGAAGCGUGCUAAGCGUGUAUGCGUGAGUCCUUAUGAAACGCAGUGGCCCUAUAAUAACACGCCAGUGAGGUAUUCGUGUGUCUGUGUGUGCAUGUAUGCAAAUAAGCUACAACUUUUGCUGAGCGGAAUGAGUAGUAAUUAACACGUUAAGAUAAGCUACAAGUGACAGUGCGACAGUGCCGACUGUGCUCACUUAACCAAAGAACUAAACCCCUUAAAUGACAUAAAGGCACAUAAGUAACAACUACGAAGAAGAAAAAAAAACUCAUAUCGCGAGAAGUAUGCUGAUCAACAAAGAAACCAUUCCGUACAGGAUGGGUCUGCAGCCCUUCUACUACUACCAAUCGUCGCCACCGGUGCAGAAUGAGCGGCUAGGCAGUGGUUACCAUCCGAUUACGCCACCGUACCAUCACCCGUACGACUUCAUCCUUCCGAUGCAAUCGCCACCAAGUUCGAUGGCCGCCGCCACAGUGGCAGCAGUUGCUGCCGCCGCCGGUGUCCCGGUACCCACCGAUCCGAUCCGACUCCGAUCACCGGCAUCUUCGGCCGCCUCAUCACCCUCCUCAUCGUCGGCUUCCCCACUAUACUUUUACAUGAAUGGGCGCACAUCUGGCAGCGUCCAGAACGGUACCGCCACUACGUCCAUGCCCGGAAAGGAUCAACUGUCGGCUGGACCACUGUCACCACCGCACACACCACCACUGCGCGAUCGUACACCGAGUCCCACCGGUACCGGACGAUACGGACUCUCGACGUUGGGUGAUUUGGCACUCGGUUCCAACACCGGCACCAACACCACACAGCGCAAUUCCGUCAUCAUGAAGGUGCAAAAUCAGCAGGUGGUUCCGAUGCAGCGGGAAACCGAUACCAGUUCACCGUCCGAACCGGAAACGGUCGAGGAGUUUAUCUGCCGCUGGGAAAACUGUUACUGUGUGUUCUUCAAGCUGGAGGAUUUAGCAAGUCACGUUACACAGAAGCACGCCGUCAUUGGGCUGGAUGGUUUGUAUUACUGCCGCUGGGAGCGCUGCCUGCGCCAGGACCGUGGUUUUAACGCGCGCUACAAGAUGCUGGUACACGUGCGCACACACACCAAGGAGAAACCGCACCAGUGCGGCAAAUGUGGCAAAUGUUUUUCACGUGCGGAAAAUCUAAAGAUCCAUCUGCGCUCGCACUCCGGUGAAAAGCCGUACGUUUGCCCGGUGGAGGGAUGCAACAAAGCUUACUCGAACUCGUCGGAUCGGUUUAAGCAUACGCGAACACACUCGAACGACAAACCGUACGUGUGUAAGGUGGUGGGUUGUAACAAGCGUUACACCGAUCCCUCCUCGUUACGCAAGCACGUGAAAACGUUCAAGCACACCAGCGGCUCGAACCAUUCACCGCUGUUGCCGGAUGUGUACUGCAUGGAGUACGAAAGCUUUUCGCAGGAUAGUACCCAUUCGGAUGCGGCUGGUUCGUAUCCGGACUACGAUUCCGAGGACAACGGAACGCUAAUCGAUGUGGUCCGUUGCGAUGAGGAGGCACGGCUCUAUCCGGAGUAUUCGUAUCAUCGGGUGGGAUCCUGUGAACAUCCCGGAUGCCAUGAGUCGCUAAAUAGUCCGCACGGUGCAAACUAUUGGCACGUGACACAACCGAACGAUCGACACGUGCUGGAUGCGACGGAGGAGCCACGAACCGGCGGUGCCAUGUUGGAACCCGACCCAGAACCGUGGGAUGGCAAGGGAACGGUCCCGGUUGAAGAUGACGAAUUGUACAGAACCGUGGAUGAGCAAACCGGGCAUCUGAAGGUGCCCCGUAUGCUCAAGAUGGACGUGGACGGUCCGCUCGAUCUCACUAUACAUCACCGAUGAAAGUAUGCACGAAGGUUUUUUUUUGUGUGUGUUUAUUUCGCUAAUCACAAUUACCCCCCCCCCAAAAAACCAAACCAAACAAGCAAACCAGCGUAUAUUCCCAUCCCUUUUCCCUACCCCCCCGUAUCCAACUUCCCUUCCUACCUUCCUUUUUGAUUUUCCUGUUUCCUUGAAACAAACGUUUUAAACUGUGUUCUGCAACGCAACUGAUGGAUUUUGUAGUCUGUAAGUGAAACAACUUUUUUUUAUUAUUAUUACUUUAAUAUUUUACACAUACACAUGCAAUAUAUCUAUAACGCAAGAUUAUCUUUAUUACGGUGCGUUACGAUGCGCUUGCAAGCGCAACAUAUCUUUAACUUAACGAUACGAUCGAACUACUAUUAUGCUGCUAAUGUUUUAAACUUUAUGCGCAGCUACCAACAAACAAAAUAUGGUGCAAAGUAUAGCAAAAGGUAGAAAGAGGGAAAGAGGUGUUGUGAUUUUGAUGUGAGCUAGGGAAUGGAAUUAAUCGUUUCUCCCGUAUCGCAAGAUAGUCAUCUUGUUUUGGGUAAAAUGCAAGCCAAGAAAUAGCUAGAAAUGGAAGGGAAUGGAAGACCUUCAAGGUUUGUUAAGUGUCACAGAGAAGAAGAAAAUGAUAAGGAAAUGAACAAAUGGAAGCGAAUAAUAGAGUUAGCUUAAGAUCUAAGAAGGUGUGCUACACUAGUGGAAGAGCGGAAGCCCACAUUAGAAUGUGGAAAAGCGAACAGAAAAUGUGUCGAAUUGAGAAGAAAAGAAACUACAAAUGGUGUGUAUGACAAAUGGAAAACGAAAGUGCAGUAGAAAGGGGUAGGCAUGAGCGUGCGAAUGAGAACGGCAAGUGGAAGUACAAUUAUAGAACAAAACAAAACUCUGUGGUGUGUAUUGAAACUCAAUUUUCUAUUAACUAAAACAGAAAAACAAACCAACACUUACUUGUUACAAAUCAUGUUUUGCAAAUAUGUGGCGUAAUGGUAAUAAAGAAAUACACGAACGUGUAAAGGAAAUGGUACUGGUGUAAA